GUUUUGCAGGAAGCGUGUUACAUGGGCAAGGAGGCCAAGGUCGUGGCCACCGCGGUCCUCUCGCGGGCAUGGGUCUCGGCCAUGGCGAUGCUCAGCGCGUACCUCAUCACGCCCUACGAUACAUCCGCAGCGUCUUCGUCCAUCUUCCGCGCCUUUGCCACCUGGGACGGCGUCUACUACGUCGACAUGGCAGCCGAUGGCUACGGCUACGAGAACACCCACGCGUUCUUUCCGCUCUUUGGCCUCUUGACGCGCUACGCCAGCGCGCUCCUUUCCCCGUUCUGCGACCCGCAGACUGCAAUCUUGGUGGCAGGCUGGUGCAUCAGCAACAUAAGCUUUGUUCUUGCCGCGCGCUACCUCUACCGCCUCGGGCAAUUGCUUCUCCAGAACGAGACGCUGGCGCGCCGCUCGGCCAUCUUCUUUUGCUUCUGCCCCUCUGGCAUCUUUAUGUCGUCGUGCUACAGCGAGAGCUUGAUGUGCGUCCUGAGCUUUGGCGGGAUGUACUACCUCGAGCUCUACCGCACGUCGCAUCGAUCCUCGACGCUGCACCUCGUUUUAAGCGCCAUCUUGUUUGGCCUUUCGUCGGCCACGCGCUCGAACGGCGUUCUCUUGUCCCUGUACAUUGCCUACUACCGCCUUCUCGCGUCGCCCUUGCCCUUGCAAGCACUCGGCGCAUUUCUGCGCUACUGGGUCGUGACGGCGCUGCUCGGCGUCGUGGCGAUCGGGCCCCAACUUCUCUACUUUGCGUUUGGCAUUGCCGCCUACUGCCCGUCGCUGUCGCCGUACACGGCCAUCGUUGCCUCUCUUCUUAACGUGACAUCCAAGCUCGACGUGGACCGGCCGUGGUGCGCCAGCGUCGUGCCCAACAUCUCGGCCAUGUACAUGUUUAUCCAAAAAGAGUACUGGGGCGUCGGUCCGUUUGCCUACUACGAGCUCAAGCAGAUUCCCAACUUUGCGCUGGCGACGCCGAUGCUGCUCCUGUCGUCGUAUGCGCUGCUGUCGUACUACCGUCCGCGGGCUACCGUGGUGCUGCCGGCGCCGCUGCAGCCCUACAUGGUGCAUCUUGCCUUCCUGCUUGCCAAUGCCCUCGUUGUGCUCCACAUCCAAGUGCUGACGCGGUUCCUCUGCGCCAACCCGCCGAUUUUUUGGGCCGCGGGCCACCUCUCGAUGACGCACCCGACAGCGAGCAAAGGGCUCUUGCUGUACGCACUCGUGUUUAGCGUUCUCGGGGCGGUCCUUUUUCCGUCCUUUUACCCGUGGACCUGA